AUGAUUGUUCCGUGGGCUUCCGCCGCCGUACUGAGGCUCAGCACAUGGUUGUGUAUUAAUAAUCACGGGGUUACAAUGUCAAACCGAGCGGUAUGGAUCACAGAGGCCAAGGGCAAGCUUCAGAUCAAGGAAGCUCCUAUGCCAAAGGCGGGCAAAGGCGAGGUUGUGAUUAAGAACCACGCCGUCGCGGUUAACCCUGUAGACUGGAAGGUCAAAGACUAUGGCUUCGUCCUGCAAAAGUACCCCAAUAUCUGCGGCACAGAUGUUGCAGGCGAGGUCUACGAAGUCGGUGAGGGCGUUACGCACGUGAAGAAGGGCGACCGUGUACUAGGCUAUGCGUUGUCUCUUCUCACCCAUGAUCCCGCUCAUGGCGGCUUCCAGAACUACACGGUGUGUAACGCUCUCGUUGUUGCAAAGAUACCUUCUACCAUGACCUUUGCUUCAGCAUCGGUGCUGCCAGUUGCAAUUUCAACCGCAUUAGCCUGUCUUUUCAAGAAAGAGGCGCUUGCGUUGCCUUUGCCAUGUUCCAAUCCUCCCUCAACCGGCAAGUCGGUGUUGGUCUGGGGUGGCUCAAGCAGUGUGGGUGCCGUUGCCAUCCAGCUAGCUGUAGCGGCUGGUGUAAAGGUUGUCAGUGUGGCAAGCAAGCAUAAUCUAGAGAGCUUGAAGAGCCUAGGCGCCACAGCCGCUUUCGACUACAAGGACGCCAAUGUCAUUCAUGACAUCAUCGAUGCUCUCCAAGGUAGCGAAUUCGCCGGUGUCUGUGACGCCAUUGGUACCACUGCGUGGGUACCAGUGUACGAGAAGCUUGGUGGACGUUAUGGUACGGUUGAGGUGGGCGUACAGGAGCUGCCAGAGGGUAUCGAGGGUGGGAGUGUCUAUUCGCCAAGUGUCGUGGGAGAAGGCAAGGACAUUGGCGAGGCUGUGUGGGCUCGGUGGCUACCAGAGGCUUUGGAGAAGGGCACCUUGAAGGCUGUGCCAGAGCCGCUUGUCGUCGGAAAGGGACUUGAAGCUAUCCCCAAGGGCUACGCCGAGCAGUGGAAGGGCGUCAGCUUCCGCAAGGUCGUGAUUGAACUGUAG